AUCUGUUUUACGCAUAUUUACACCUCUAAACCCUACUCCUCUCUCUCUCUCCGGCAAUGGCCACCAGACGUUUACGUGCAUUAAAGCGAUGGAUGAAGUCCAAUGGAUUCGAAUGGAGCAGCGCAUUGCAAUUUGUGGACACCCCAGAAGAAGGAAUAUCCGUUAAAGCAUUGUGUGAAAUCAAUGCAGGUGAUGUGGUUGCGAAAAUGCCAAAGAAAGCUUGUCUUACAAUCAAGACUAGUGGUGCUUGUGAGAUUAUUGAGAAUGCUUGUUUGGGUGGUUAUUUGGGUUUAGCUGUUGCUAUUAUGUAUGAGAGGAGUUUGGCUGAGGAGUCUCCUUGGGAGGGUUAUCUUCAGCUUUUGCCUCAGCAGGAAUGUUUGCCUUUGGUUUGGAGUGUUGAAGAAGUGGACCAGCUUUUGUGUGGUACUGAGCUUCAUCAGACAGUGCAAGAAGAUAAAGCUCUUGUCUAUGAGGACUGGAGAGAGAAUAUUCUACCCCUGUUGGAUUCAGAACCUUCAAAGCUUAACCCAGCAUUCUUUGGUGUGGAACAGUACUUUGCAGCCAAAAGUCUUAUUUCUUCUCGAUCUUUCGAGAUAGAUGAUUACCAUGGUUUUGGCAUGGUUCCCCUGGCAGAUCUAUUCAAUCAUAAAACUGGUGCGGAAGAUGUGCAUUUCACCGCAUUGUCUUCUAACAACGAAUCUGAGGAUGACACUGAUGAUGAAAUUGUUGAUGAAGAAGCAUUAGCUCAAAAUUCCUCUAUGGAUAAAACUGAGAAAGGUGUUGAUAGCGACAUGGAGUAUUCUUCAAUUACUGAAGAUGAUACUUCAAUGCUGGAGAUGGUUAUGAUAAAAGAUGUUAGCAGUGGAGCCGAGGUAUUUAAUACUUAUGGGAUAUUGGGUAAUGCCGCUUUGCUACAUAGAUAUGGAUUUACUGAGCAAGAUAACACCUAUGAUAUCGUGAACAUUGAUUUGGAACUAGUACUUCAAUGGUGUUCUUCUUUGUUCUCUAACCGCCGCAGCAGAUCAAGAGUCUCCCUUUGGAGAAGGUUAGGCUAUUCCAGUGACACCGAAAACUCUGAAUAUUUCGAGAUAUCAUUUGAUGGAGAACCACAGAUGGAACUCCUUAUUUUAUUAUACAUCAUAUUUUUACCAGAUGAUGUUUACCAUAAAUUAGACUUAUCAGUAGCUGUUGCUGAGAAUUUUCAUGAAUCAAGUGAAAAAACCACUUUUUUGAAUGAUAAUAUCUUUCUAAAGAAGCUGUCUAACAUGAGCAAGAAAACUUUGAUGACCAAAGAAGUUUGUGAUGCUUUGUUGUCACUGGCUGAUAUGAGGGAGAGUCUCUAUGGUUUGAAAUCACUAGAAGAUGAUAUUGAGGCAUUGAAAAGGUCUAGUUUUGUUAGAGAUAGAAAGCUGUAUCAUUCUUCGGUUCUGCGUAUCAGUGAAAGGAAGAUUCUUCAAAAACUCAGAAAUUAUGCUUCAAAGUCGUGUAAGAUUACUAAUCUUAGCUCUGCCGGGAAGAAGUUGAAAAGGACAACAAAGAGGGAGAGUUGAUUUUCUAAGAUUAUCUUUUAGUUUUUUUUCUUCUUAAUGGGAUGCUGUAACAUUUAUGAUUUAUUUAUACAUUGGUGCAUUGAUUCACUAGUCUAUGAAAAGUAGCAAAGCUGCAUCUCAUAUUUCCUGUACUGUUUGAAUUUUGAUCAGCAAGCUAAAACCAUUUAUUGUUUCGUUAUGUUUUAAGGAGGGAUUUGCCAUUAUAUUUA